CAGAUCUACAGCCACCUGUACUCAGAGCAGGAAGUUUGUGAUGUGUGUAGAUGCGUGCAUGGAGCUUGUAGUGUGUGUGUCUGUUUCCUGAGCAGAGUGUGAGUGUGUGGAGAUGGUUUUAAUGUAGUGAAGAGGGAAAUAAAUUUGGGAAAGAUGGAGAGAGACGCUCAGGAGAGUGCAGAAGAAGAAGUGGACAGAAGUUCAGGAGGAGACGGAGGGAAUGAAGCGGAGGUCGAGAGUUACAACAGAGCCAAGUUCACACUCUGGGCUUAUAUCAUCUGCUGGACUGCGCUCCGACUACUGCUGCAGAAGCUGAGGAUCAGCGCCGUGGGGCAACAGGUCCAGGAAGCUCUUGAGGCCCCGAACAACCCCGGUGAAGCAGAACAGACCAAGUGCGAGCCUGAGUCAUACCCACGAGGAUGGAGAGAGCAGGAAUCGGACGGCACACGUGAGCCGUGGAAUGACCAGGAUGAGUUUUCGGCUCUGUUGGGGGUGGAACAUCUUUACCCAGGAUUAAAUUUUGAAAAUGGACUUAAGGAGACAGACUGUAAAGUGCAAGAAGGAGUGACGAACACACACUGCAGGAAGGAACGCAUCAACACACGUAACGAAGUAAACACUCAUCACGUUAACACAAACUGUGGAGCGCUCACAGACAUAACACAGGAAACACUGUCACUCUCAAUCAACGGUCUCAACACAGUAGAACCCAGCACGCAACCUGAUCAAGGAGCAGGAGAACUGAAUACACAACAUGUAAACACAUAUCAUGCACAACACGCUACCACGAAUAACACGGACGUACUGAAAACACAAGACACUGAAAAUAUUGAUAUCACAGGUAAAGCCUGCAUAGGAACAAACAAUGAAGAGAGGGCAGGUUCACAAACUACAGAGACAAAAGGUGAAAAUAUAGCAGAGUUAAAAAGAAAGGACUACAGUGAGCCAUACGAUGGGAGACAAAGCUCAUCAACAAAAUACUGUGGAGAAACAUGUCUCAAAGUCAGCACUGGUCCACAAAGGACAGAUGUGUUUAGUUUAAAUGAUUCUGGCAAGCACAACUUAGAGAGCACAAGCAUAUGCAGUGCCGAGAUACACAAAGAUAUCCGCAGUAACAUAAACACACACCUUGAUAGGUUACACAAUGCAGACGACAAGCACAUACGCAAACCAGAAAUACAUUCAUUUGACAGCAACGAGGUAGACAUCAGAGAUACGGGUGCACAAAACUGCUCUCAGGACUCAGAACCACACCAUAAAAACAGCAACAAUCCAGAUGCACACUGUCCAGAAACCUUUGUAGACACAGAAGGCACAACAUGCGUCCAACAAAGACAUAACAUCAAGUCAAGGUGCAUAAAUUUCGAACACAAGCCACCACCAUCUCAGGAUGAUGUAUGCAAUGGAAAAGCAGAUGACUCACUAAGCAGGAGUGAACUGAAGCGGAUUAAUUGCAACGGAUACUCUUCGCACACACGUGCAACAAACGAGUGCGGAAACACCUCAGGUGUGAAAGGAAAGGCACUGAACACUGCCGUGCACUGCAAAGACACUCCGAUUGUUCUCACAACAUGCAAAGACUGUAACGUAGCGGAGAUAGCACCAUCCAAAACCGAGGAAUACUGCUCAAGACACCUUAACACCUGUGAUGGUGACACAAAGUCUCACGACACACUGUGUGUAUCAGGUAUCAAAUCGUUGCAUUUGGGAACCGAACCUGUGAACUCUCCUGGGUCCGGACUUCCUCAACCGUCGAAUGGUAACCUGUUGCCUGCUUAUUCUGAAGAGACUGCUGCAGAGACUUUAUUGCACACUGAAGCAGAGAAGCAACUACAGAAAACCCCACAUGAUCAGCAGCAGGAAUUAGAGUCCAGGUUCCUGCCAUGUUCCACAGACUGUGAGGACGUUGAUGGGAUCUUUUGGCUAAACUCACCAGUCACUGCGACAGAGAACAAGAAGGCCACACUUUCCGAUACUAGGGGGUGUAAACAGUUUGUAGCCAGAAUAAACAGAUUUGAAGAGAAAGUUUGGGAGGAUUCCUCCUUUACACUCACCCUCUCAGCACAAUCUACAUCUGUGGAAAAACUUGCAGAAGGCACCCGCCUCCUCCAAAUACACAACGAGUGCAAGGAUAUUAACUCCCAUAGCCCAGAGCUCUUGAUAUCCUCCAGUCAUUCCUGUGAGAGAUCGCAUUGCUCUCUUUCCACAGAGGAGAAAGUGAAAGAACGAAGCCAGGAAUUGACAAGGUCUGAGGACGUGGAAGAUAGUCUGUAUCCAAAACAUGGACAGAGUAUAGAAGAUGAGCUUGCUUCUCCAUUGCAUUCAGCCAAGUCCAACCAUUGUGAGAUUAGGACAGAGAACUGUGUCUCAUCAAAGCCUGUUGAAACACAGGCUCCACUAUUUACUGUUUGUCAGCCAACACACACGCAUGAGCAGUGUGUCAAUGUCUUGAAUAAUCACACACUGUUUAUUGAUUUCAAACAUAAGAGAAGCACCUCUUCUCCCCAAGGGAAUGUCACUGAGAUCCCAUUUCCAGAAACUAGCGUUACUAAGACUGUUGGAGACUCCAAAGCCAGCUUUGCUGAAAAGGACAAUCCUCAAUCAGAUAAGAUUGGUCCUUGUUGGAACCUCUCUGUAUACAAUAGCACAGCCUCGGAGAAGUCAACAGAGGCCGUAGAAGCUGUAGUUUUCUGCAAUCCGUGGCUGGAACCUUUUUCUGAUGGUCCAGAAAGCGGUUCUGAGGAUGGUGAUCAAACCAGUCACCUUGCUCUGACCUUCAAAAAGAACGAGGGAGCACUUCAGCAGGGCUUGGUCAGCUUAGAUGGUCUGAAGAAACGCUCAGAUGUUCUGUGUCCUGUAGACUGGAGCAGUGAGGAUUCAGCAGUUUCUGGGCUAGGUGAAGAUUUGGAGAGCAUUCACUGUGAUUUCUACCCUCCACAGGUGGAGAACCGUGAGCAACCUACACAGAAAGAGUACCUUGAGAACAAUACAUGUUUACGCUCUGAAUGUAAUAUAGUAACCACAGGUGAUAAACUGCACAACGACCAAAAGUGUCACAUAGACUCACACUUAAUACAGUCAGUUCCUAAUGGCCUUGGUCCAUUUACACACUCCAGACAAUGCAAAGAUAUUAACCACAUACACAUACACACAUCUCUCUGUGACUGCAUACCAGAGACUGAUUUAGACUCGCUCAGAUCUCAGCCACAUCAGCCAUGUAUUGAUGUUCUUCAGUCUUCACCAGGUUAUCUGGAGACACAGAAUCCUGUCAAGCAGGGAAAACAGAAAGAACUCUCUAGCUCAACUCAGCUCAUAUCCCACAACGGCAUCAGGACCUGUCGAGAAAAAGACGACAGCUCAUUAACACUUUCUGGAGUAAAGACAAUACACUACACCCAAUCUGAGGUCCUGCUCUCCUCCAGAAGCCUGGAGCCUAUCCCAGAAACGGACUGCUCCCUGGAUAACGUCCCUAAUCCGAAUGAUGAUACUUUUCUAGGUGACAAGAAAACAGAAACUGAGAAGUUUGAUAGUGACAACAUGAAACCCUCAGAGUCAGACCAGGACAUUCUUGGGGUUGCUUCCUGUGUGCACCGUUUGUCUGUAUGCAAAGGAAAGUCUGAGGACCAGCCAUGCUCUGCUCCUUCAGACCUGAAUGAGGACAAGUCCCUGCAGAGUGAUGACGCUUCAUCAAUCAAGUGUCCAUCCACAGGAUCCUUGGAACUGGACACGAGCAGCAUUAACAGUGAGGACCAAGAGGAGCAGAGAUCUCCUGUUGCUGGUCCCACUGUGAAAUCACAACAUGCAAAAAGUAAAGUUAAGCCAUCCAAAUUCUCAGUUUUCUCCAAAAUGCCCUCGUUCAGACGAGGAAAGAGUAUCGCAAGAGAUGGGAGGGUAAGUAAGGGUGAAAUCCCACCCAGGGACUCACAGGACCGAGGGGAGGACCUUCUUUUCUAUAGGACUCACCUGACCCAGGAUGCAGGACGAGAUCCAGAGAAUCAGCCAGAAAACUCAGAUGAUGAAGUCUUCUACAAAAGUGAGGCUGGACCUAAGCAACCAGGGCUUCAGGUAGAUACAGAAGAGGAAGAGGAGGAGGAGGAGGAUGUCUUUGGUAAUGUCCAGGGGACAGGGGACAUGGAGGGUUCAGAGAUGCCACAACUUAAACAGAGCACUGGAAGUGAAUGCUCAAGCUGCAGGAGGAGCAAAAGCACAGAAGGCAUAAGCUUUCGCUUGCGUUUUGCCCAGGCCCACAAGUCUCUGUCAAGCUUAUUUGAGUCUCGUUCCGUGGAUAAGUACAAUGAGUGUCCAGAAUCAGAAGAUAUGCGAACCAAGCUUUCAUGGAGGAAGCAGAAACGGGCGAAGGACGUGGAUCUUCUAAGACGUACAAUGUCUGUGCCAGACACGGACAGAGAUGGAAAUAAAGAUAUGCAGCGCCACACUGACCCACUUAGCAAACGUGGUGUCCUGCGAGAUGGAGUCGGCACAUCCCUGCAGGACAGCAAAUCAGACGGGCGCAAUAGGAGGUGUUUGUCAAUUACGUUUAUUGAUUCCUCAGAGGCUUCACCUACCCGUGACUCUGGUUCCAUCUCACCUAUGUCCCUACUACCCAGUCAGAUGUCAUCAUCUUGUUCCAAAAUGCCACCAGGGAACAAUGAAAACCCAGAACUUCCCAUGAGACCAAUGAGUCCCAAACCAAGCAGUCCAAGGUCUGCAGGGCAGAAACAGCGAUUCCGUUACCCCUCUUCACGGGCAAACACACUUUCUCUGAUUAUUCUUGGCCAUAGUGUUAGUGUUUCAGAUCCCCCUGAGAGACCGAGGUCCCUCAAACCUAAAGUGGGCCGUCAGGGUUCUCUCAGCCCACUGGGUACCAGCAGCCACCAGGAGGAUGGCAGCAUAGACAUCCCCUCCCCCAUAAGCAUCAUUACCUCUAUUACAGACAAUGAAUUUGAGCCUAGCGUAUCGCUGAAGGUAUCUCCUGGAAGUCCUCAUCUUUCAAGUCAAUCUACAGUAAUGAAGAUGGUGAAUAGUUCUCCUGCAGGAUCGUCCAGUCAGAGGACCAGAUCCGGGUCCAGCAUUAGCACUAUUCCUAGCCUACCCAUGCAGGUUGGAUUGCAAAGACACUGUUUUAGGGAUGAUCUGUGGAUCGAGGAGAAGAAGAAGCAGCAGAGGAGGCUGACCAGGGCCACACUAAAGAGGGGAACUCACCCACUGGAGGAGCUAGAGGAAGUAAGGACCCGGCUGUCUCUAUGUGCAUUGAAAGCGUUUCCUGGAAUGCCACUCCGAAGUCUGAGCUUCUCUCACAGCACCCCCAUUGGGCUGGACUGCCUCGGCUGGAGACGACGCAUGUCCUCCCCUGCGGUGAUCCUUCCUGACGGAGCUCCAGAGAAGCUGGGUGCAGGUGAUGAGGCUGGCAGUGAAGAGGAUCUCUACGAGGAGCUACGCAGUUCAGGACAUCGCUUCCCUCAUCCAGGAGGAGCAGGAGAGCAGCUGGCCAUAAACGAGCUGAUCAGCGAUGGCAGCGUGGUGUAUGCCGAGGCAUUAUGGGAUCACGUCACCAUGGACGAUCAGGAGCUUGGCUUCAAGGCUGGAGACGUCAUUGAAGUAGUGGACGCCACAAACAAGGAGUGGUGGUGGGGACGCAUCCUGGACAGCGAGGGCUGGUUUCCAGCCAGCUUUGUCAGAUUGCGCGUGAACCAGGAUGAGCCGAUGGAGGAUUACCUGGCACAGCUGGAAGAGGCUCAGGAGGAGCAGAGCUCUGGGGUUGGGCUGCUCCUCGGACCUGGCCUUCCCUGCAAAGAGCAGAUGAGGACCAACGUCAUCAACGAGAUCAUGAGCACAGAGAGGGACUACAUCAAACACCUGAAGGACAUCUGUGAGGGUUACAUCAAACAGUGCCGGAAGCGCAUGGACAUGUUCACAGAAGAUCAGCUGUGCACCAUCUUCGGAAACAUCGAGGACAUCUAUCGGUUCCAGAAGAAGUUCCUGAAAUGUCUGGAGAAGCGGUUCAACAAGGACGAACCUCAUCUCAGUGAAAUUGGCUCCUGCUUUUUAGAGCAUCAAACAGAUUUCCAGAUCUACUCGGAGUACUGUAACAACCACCCGAAUGCCUGCGUCCAGCUCUCCAAGCUUAUGAAGCUCAACAAGUACGUGUUCUUCUUCGAGGCCUGCCGUCUGCUGCAGAAGAUGAUUGACAUUUCUCUGGACGGUUUCCUCCUCACUCCGGUCCAGAAGAUCUGCAAGUACCCGCUGCAGCUGGCCGAGUUACUGAAGUACACCAACCCCCAGCACAGGGACUACAAAGACGUGGAGGCAGCUUUAAAUGGGAUGAAGAACGUGGCCAGGCUGAUUAACGAGAGAAAGCGGCGUCUGGAGAACGUGGAUAAGAUCGCUCAGUGGCAGAGCUCCAUCGAGGACUGGGAGGGUGAAGACAUCCUCAGCAGGAGCUCGGACCUGAUCUACUCCGGAGAGCUCACAAAGAUCUCUCCACCUCAUGCCAAGAGCCAGCAGCGCAUGUUUUUCCUCUUCAACCACCAGAUGGUCUACUGUAAAAAGGAUCUGCUGCGCAGGGACAUCCUGUACUACAAGGGCAGGAUGGACAUGGACCAGAUGGAGGUGUUGGAUGUGGAGGACGGGAAGGACAGGGAGCUGAACGUGAGCGUGAAGAACGCGGUGAAGCUCCGCUCGCUCGGUGGAGACGAGCUCCAUCUCCUGUGUGCUAAAAAACCCGAACAGAAACAGCGCUGGCUCCGAGCCUUCAGAGACGAGAGGGAGCAAGUGCAGCAUGACCGAGAAACAGGUUUUUCCAUCACCGAGGUGCAGAAGAAACAGGCCAUGCUCAACGCCUGUAAAAGCCAUCCAGCUGGCAAGCCCAAAGCCGUGACCAGGCCCUAUUACGACUUCCUGCUGCGGCAGAAACACCCGACGCUCCCUACCAGCCUCCCGCAGCAGCAGGUCUUCAUGCUGGCCGAGCCCAAACGCAAGAGCUCCAACUUCUGGCACAACAUCGGCCGACUGACGCCUUUCAAAAAGUGAACGAGUGCAAGAGAGAGAGAGAGAGAGAGAGAGAGAGAGAGAGAGAGAGAGGAGCUCUCAGCUUGUGCCUGAACUUUACCCUUCUAUCCUCCUUUAAUUAUUAUUAUUAUUAUUAUUAUUAUUAUUAUUAUUAUUAUUAUUAUUAUUAUUAUUGUUGUUGUUGUUUUUUUAUUCCAUCGCCGUGGUUGUACAGACCGCUCCACAGAUUUAUUGUAACCGUGUUUGAUUUUUGGAGAAAGCACUUUAUUAAGGUGGUUGCAGUCAGGCUUGGUGACUGGCUCCCUGGGACUGUGUCAAUAUUUGUUUUUGGGGGGGUUUUUUUUUUGGGAGUCGUUUAUUUCCUGGAGCUCUGAUUAGCCCCUGUACACACUAAUAUCACUAACUUGGUGGUGUUUUUUUUUUCUUUUUUUCUCCAUGUCAGCAGAUGCCAAUUGUACACAGUGCCAGAUGAGUUUGCUUUUCAUAUUUAAGUUUGUUCCUUGUCACCUGAAAAAGUAAAUAAGAGUUAUUACAGUUACUUCCUCAUGA